CCAUGUUGCCAUCUGCUAUAGAAAGAAAAACACUACAAGGCGAGCUGCGCUCCGAGGCGCACGGAACCGCGUGAAUAACCACGCCGCGAGGACAGGUGGAUAACAGACAGGUCUGACAAGGAUGGACUGAGUUCUAUCAAACAUGGUUUGCUUCUGAUCAUCGCCCUGGAGGCUUUGAUGGAGUGAAGGGCUGACCCAACUCUAACCCGGUGACUGACAUGGUCUGAGGCUCCACGCGCGCGGCGCUGACCCCAACUGCCCGGUGAAGUAAUCGGGGUCAGAGUAGGCGGUUAAACGAGCGGCGCAGUCAUGGUGGCGGAGGGCGACAGGACGCUGCUCGCAGCCAGGCAGGGGGACGUGCAGACUUUGAAAGUGCAGUUUGCGGCAAAGGUGCUGAACAGCGGCGUUAAGGAUGCGCUGGGCGCCUCGCCCGUCCACCACGCCGCCCGCGCCGGGAGGCUGACCUGCGUGCGCUUCUUGGUGGAGGAGGCCGGUCUGCCGGGAAACUGCAUCGCCAACAACGGAGCGACUCCUGCGCACGACGCAGCGGCCACCGGGAACCUGACCUGCCUCCAAUGGCUGCUCACCCAAGGGGGGUGUCGACCACAGGACAGGGACAGUUCCGGCGCCACUGUCCUCCACUUGGCUUCCCGCUUCAGUCACCACGAAAUCACUGAGUGGCUGCUGAAGAGUGGUGAGGUGGACCCCGGGGUGUCCACUGACACAGGCGCUUUACCUGUUCAUUACGCUUCUGCCAAGGGGGACCUGCCGUCCCUCCGACUGUUACUGGGACACAGCCCAAAUCUUGUCAACACUCAAACUAAGAAUGGUGCCACACCGCUCUACCUGGCCUGCCAAGAGGGUCACCUGGAAGUAGUCCAGUACUUGGUCAAGGAUUGUGGGGCGGAUCCAAGCAUCAGAGCCAAUGAUGGGAUGACCCCUCUGCAUGCUGCUGCUCAGAUGGGCCACAACACUGUCAUUGUCUGGCUGACUAGCUUCACUGAGAUCAGCCUAACGGACAAGGACGGUGAUGGAGCCACAGCCAUGCACUUUGCUGCCAGCCGAGGCCACGCCAAAGUGCUCAGCUGGCUGCUGCUGCAUGGAGGAGAGAUUGUCACUGACAACUGGGGAGGGACCCCACUUCAUGACGCAGCAGAGAACGGUGAACUGGAGUGCUGUCAGAUUCUUGUGGUCAAUGGAGUGGAUCUGGGGAUAAGAGACCAGGAUGGCUUCACGGCAGCAGACCUGGCUGAAUACAAUGGCCAAUCACAGUGCACAAAGUAUCUGCGGACCGUGGAGAACAUGAGUGUGGAGCACCGCGUUUUGUCUCGGGACCCUUCCACAGACCUGGAGUACAAGCAGCCCGACUCGGGUCUCUCGUCCCCCAACACUACCAUGCCUCCUCCCAGCCAAACAGCACACUUUGAUAUCGGUUCACCUUCAAGUUCUCUGUCCAACUACAACUCAGCCAGCUCCAGCCAGUCCAGCACCGGGGAGAAGAGGAGCAGCUUAACUACGUCACGAGGCCCUCCCACUCAGCUGAAUGCAGUUGCACAUCCAGGUGCGUCAGAGUCGGCCAUUUCGGACAUGCAGGCCUACAUGGACAUGCUGAACCCAGACAUCAACACCAAGAACGAAAUGCAUUUUGACGCCGCGACUAAGGCCCCGCCUCCUCCAGCUUUCCCACCACCACCGCCACCUCCCCCACACUCUCCGCCUGCACCCCCUCCACCUCCCAGCUACCCGGCCCCUCAGCCCCCCCAGGAGCCGACGUCAGCCGAGUUCCUCAAGGUGAAGAGCAACUUGCGGCAUGUAGAGAACAGCACAAGCAAAACAGAGCUGAAACCUGGAGAAAACCACGAUAGACUGCGCCGUGUGGAUUCAAACAGAAGAUCCAGGAGCUUCAGCAAGCAGCCUAGCACUGGGGACUACUACAAGACGCUGGGCAGCGACACGGCCGAGCCUCGUGGGAGCAUGGCACCCAAUGAGGAGCCCGCAAGCAACGCAAUGCCAACACCCCCUCCACCUCCACCGCUACCUCCAGGGACCACUCAGAAUAAUGCCAGCAGCACCUCCACCAAUGAUCGUCGCCCGUCUUCCUCAUCAGGAAGUGGAGACAUUUCUGCCUCUCAGGCGGAAGGAGGAUCACUUAAACAGAUAAAGAGCACAAAGUCUUUCAACAUGAUGUCCCCCACUGGUGACAACUCAGAGCUGCUGGCAGAGAUCAAAGCAGGAAAAAGCCUCAAGCCCACGCCGCAAAGUAAAGGCUACACUACUGUUUUUUCUAACAGCGGACCCGCAGGAAACAAUGAAACAACACCUCCAGAGACACGAUCCUCCUCCCCACCUGCCAAACCGUCGUCUCCUCCUCAAACCAACACUCCUGUCACCUCGCCUCCCAUCACUCCAAGCCCCAGCCCCAGUCCCACCGGCUCUGGGUCCUCCAGGACCAUGUCGACCUCCGCGAGCUACGAGCAACUCUCCUCCAACUCUAUGAUCAAUGGGAACGGCAGCGGUGCUGGCUCAGCAAAUGCAGAGUCAGGGAGAAAGACCAGCCUGGCAGAUGUUGAGGCACUGGUGCCCACUCAUGACGAACAGGGGAAAGCCAUUCCUGAAUGGAAGAGGCAGGUGAUGGUCAGGAAGCUGCAGGCGAAGAUGCAAGAGGAGGAAGAUCACAAACGCAAGGCUGAGGAGGAGGCUGCACGUCUGGCAUCACUGCCAGCCUGGAGGAGAGACAUGAUGAAGAAGAAAAUGGACGAGGAGAGGGAACAAAAAAGAAAAGCAGAACAGCAGGCCAAGCAGGCCAAAGAGUCAGAAGAGAAGCAGGAGCAGGAGCGGCUACGGACCUUGGGCUACGACGAGACCAAGCUGGCCCCCUGGCAAAGGCAGAUCAUUCUGAAGAAAGGGGAUAUAGCCAAAAAGUGAAUUUCUCAUUUCCCUCCCUCGUCCUCCGACUCGACGGCUGGAUCAGCCCGUCUCCAUCAGCUGUCACUCCUCAGCCUCCCGUAACAAAGGUUAAUGUGAUGGUUGCUGCUGUCCUCACAAAAGCUCUGAGGCUCAGAUUGAAUCCUGAAAGUUUCAUGCCUGCAAACUCUUUUAGCACAUUUCAGACACACACUGGCUCUCCUUACUGCAAAUGUUUAUACCAGAAAGAAUCUAUAUUUUCCUCAAAAUCACUAGGAACUAUUUUAUGUAGAAAAAGACCUGCGAUAGAUUUACAACCGCAAAGAAUAAAGAAAAAAGCUGCAACAGCUGGAGUUCUAAAAAUGGAAAAGAAGCAGCCAAUUUAACCGAGUGUCACAUUUUGUGCAUGUCUUAGACAUGACAUUUGUGUGUGAAGCUCACAGAAAAGUGUUUUAUUUUUGUGUAAAAGUCCCAAUAAUUCUGUGAACCACACCCUAAAACGUCUCAAACUCAUCCAUCUCACCAGUAAAAACUGUAAUCUGAGUUUUAUUUAGUACUGUUACAUUUGUAAUGACCUCUGACCUCUUAGCCAGGUCACCCUUGCAAAAGAGACCUUUGUUUUUUGUUUUUUACUUGGUUAAAAAUAAAAUAAAUGUGAUAAUUUCCCCAAGAAUUAGUAGAUUACUUAUUGAUUUUCCUCAAAUCUGAGCUAAAUCUUAAAUUAAUGUGCUUGUGAAUGAGAGAUGUUGAGUGCAUGUGCUAUAUAUUAAGUAAGCUGUUCCGGUUUAUUAGCCACAUUGGGUUUUCUAACUCAAUUUAAGAAGAAAACAUUGAAAAAUACGUAUUGAAUUCCAUAAAAUAAUAUGGACACGAGUCAUUUCAGCUGCAGGGAUAUAUUCCCGAGGCAGAGAGAUGACAUCAGUUCGUCCUGUGCCCUGGUGUUCUGGCCUCUGCCCCACUUACCUGGAAGAUAAAUCUUGGAUGAGCAGAUCUGCUUACAGAGUGGCCUCUUUGUGCCACGUACAUUUAGCUAAAUAUAUUGUUCCCUAGAUGAAGCCAGCUACUUUUGUUUUAGCAAGAUUCAGACUUUUUUCAGCAUUAUAAAUGGAAUAAACAGGAUUAUCACAGUAAAACGCAUAUUUCUACUCAGUUUAGAGUUAACAUUUUGAACUUGCAGUUUAUUCUUUUUCUAAUAUCAAGACUUAGAAUCCAUAAUUGGUUAAGAGCAGGUAUUAAACUUUAUUGCUUAUUUGUGAUCAAGUCACACAUUUCUGGUUAUUAUUUCAAAAUUUUUAAUCUCACCAAUACAUAAAUCAGUGGUUUGACUGCAUGAACCUCGCAAACAUUUCCUCUUUGUAAUCAUAACCGCUAGAUGUUGGAAAAUGUUUACAUCUUCGUUCUAGGAUGUGCAUUUUCAGUUAAAUAAAUUACAAAUAUGGUUGAUCAUUUGGUAACAUUCACUUCAUCAGAUGCCAUAUUAAAAUUAAAAACAAUGUUCAUCUCAUUGCCAUUUGAAUUUUCUAUGAAUCACAUAUAUGUAUGCAAACUUUGUACAUAGAAACCCUCAGAUUUUAUUCAUUUCAUUAUUUCAAUAUUGCAUCAUAUUAAAUGUCUCAGCCUUGCUUAAAUAGAAUGUUGUCUUAAUUUAAAAGUGUAUUUUCAGACUGUUAAAUAAAAAGAAAAUAAAUAUGUGAUCCACAAAAGUGUCGUGUGCUUGCUUUAUGUUGUCGUUUGUGUUUAGCCUUUCAGGAAAUAAGACUGAUCUCAUUAAAUCUGUCAUCAU